UUUAUCUAUUCUAUUUAUUUCGCAACCUCAUUUUGAUAAAUCUAUAUAAAAAUGACCAGUUUAUUUAUGAUGAUUAAUAAGCUCAGUAGUAAGAAUCAAAUUAGAGUUGGUGCACUGGAAAGUUCCUUUCAUCUUUUAGUAUUCAUCCGCAACUUGGCCUUGACAACGGUGGACUUAACAAAGUCUGGUAAAUCGAAAUCGAAGAUGCAAGCAAAACUUAAUGAAGAGGAAAGGAAUACCUCACUAGCUCCUCUGUUCACUCAAGGAUGGAAGUUGGUUGAAAACCGGGAUGCUAUUAACAAGGAGUUUUUAUUUAAGGAUUUUAAUCAGGCUUUUGGUUUUAUGAGUCGCACUGCUCUUCUUGCUGAAAAGAUGGAUCAUCACCCAGAAUGGUUUAAUGUAUACAACAAAGUACAAGUUACCUUGUCUUCACACGAUGUUAAUGGAUUAAGUGGAAGAGACGUAAAACUGGCCAACUUCAUGGAAGAUGUUGCCAAAGGUAUUAAGUCUUAAAAAAUAUGGAUAUCAAAUUUCUGUAAUCUGAUAAAAAUCUCGAUAUACAAUAAGACUAUCUUAUAAUUAUGUUUUUUUGACCUGUUAGAAGACUUUAUUUACAUUUGUUUUGGAUAAAUCUACAUUUGUUUGUUAAUAAACUGUGCAUAAUAGUU